UGCCGAUCGCGGUCCGGGCGGUUCCGCCGCCAUGGUGGGCCCGGGCCCGGCGCCGCUGGAGAACGCGAACCCGCUGAUCUACCGGCGCUCCGGGGAGCGGCCCGUCACCGCCCGCGACGAGGACGAGGAGCUGCCCGACCCCAUCGACGACCGCGAGAUCUUCGAUCUCAUCCGCUCCAUCAAUGACCCCGAGCACCCCCUCACCCUGGAAGAGCUCAACGUGGUGGAGCAAGUGCGAGUGAAAGUGAACGAUGCUGAGAGCACGGUGUCGGUGGAGUUCACCCCCACCAUCCCACACUGCAGCAUGGCCACCCUCAUCGGCCUCUCCAUAAAGGUCAAACUGCUUAGGUCUCUGCCUGAGAGGUUCAAGCUGGAUGUUCAUAUAACACCAGGAACACAUGCCUCUGAGCAUGCAGGUGAGACUUCAGUGCUCUGUU